UUUGAAUUGUAUAUAUCCCAGAUAGGUAAACAAAUAAAAGACUAAUAUGACAAGAAAGAGGUAUCAGAAAAGUGUAAACAAGAGCAGGAGACUAAAAUCAACAUUUCCAGCUGUUGACCAAACACUUGACUGUGUGGUGGUAUAUGAAGAGCUUACUCGAAACUCUGUGUGAUAAACACAAUCCAGGAACAGGCAAAGGUUGUGAGGCUUGGAGAGUCUAUGUACCUACAGGGGGGACUCGUGGUUCAAAGUUAUACCUACAGCAAAUGUAUGGAACAGUAACGUUGAGAUUGAAAUGUAGAGUUGAUACAAAGCAAUUGAAUUGUGGAUUCCUAACAUUAAAGAAGAUCUCCAGGUACCGUCCAGAACACCUCUGUCAGGUGUUGAGAUACACAGAGGGUUGACUGGUAGAGCUGUACACUGGUAGAUAGAAUUGUACAACAAUGGAUUAGCGAGUUCAUCCAGGACCAGUCUCCAUUUGGUGCAGUAUGACAAUGGAUUUAGAACCUCCCACAGACCUCCUCCACGGAUUGAACAGAAUCCGCUGCAACGGAUCGCGGAUCAUGGUGGGGAGCCGAGAUUUUACCUCAGCCUCGGAGGCUUUGGAGGCUUACCUGGACCAGUAUGCAGGCCUGACCUCAAAACACAAAGGUCGCUACCGUCAGAACGUCUCUGACCUCUUGGACCCAAAGUCCCCGCUUCACCUGACGGCCGACCGGUCGCUACAGACAGGGGUCAGGGAUACCCCUGCGGAGCUCAAGUUGGCGACUGCCAGGGAGUCUAUCAAUGAAUCUUACGACAAGAUGAAGCGAAACAUGGCUCUGAGGGCCGAAGAGCGAGAGAGGAGAAACCAACAGGCAGGUUAUGGGGACUUGUACAGAGUGGAUGAAGCUUUGAAUAAGUCUGGAGAGCUGUUGAAGAGAAUCGCCAGUGACGAGCGCCUCCCCAGGGAUGCCCCGAGUGACAUAGAGAGUGCUAACACAGACACUCUGAUCAACAUGAACCCGGGGGCAGCCGCCCAUAGAAAGGGACACGUGUACUCUUAUAAGAACCCCCGAAACAGGUCAAAGACUGUAGGGGCUGCCCCCCAGAAGCGCGACAUGUCCAGUGUUGAGGAUAUCCUUGGUGGUUCAAGGAGGAGUGGGCUGGCCAAUCUACCGCCCCCGAUGAGCUUCAAGUCGUCCCAGCCAAGGGAGAGAAGUAGAUCGGUGUCCCCGUCCUCAUUCAGACAUCACGAGAGACUGGCCAGUAACCCCGCCCGACAGGCCUAUGACAUUCCUGUCAAAAGCUACGACCUCAAUUCAUCCCGGACUCAGAAACCUCCCAGCUGGAUCGAUGCCCUGGACAUUUCUAACCCCAGUGAGAGUUUCUGGUCCAGGAGGGAUCUAGUGUCUGGUAGGCCAGCUCCAAGCUGGGUCAAUGGACUGGAUAAAUCCGAAAUUUCUAGCCUCACUGCGGAUCUACCUCAGAAGCGAGUUGGCUUCUCUGAAAAUGUGGCCCAAUCUAGUUUUAACAAAUCACAUGAUUCAAACCCACCUGGAUUAGAUUUCAAUGAUUUGCUGUCUAAAUCACCAGGAAAAUCUUCAUUAAAAUCUCCAAAAUCAGGUAGAAAGGCAUAUAACUUCUCCAGUAAGUUAGCACCAGAAGUGUUAAAAGCUGGAAACACAAGUGCAACCAGUAGUGAUAUUUUGGAUAAAUACUUGGAAACUUCAAAGGGAGAUCAUUCACUCAAUACAUCUCGUCGCCCUCGCUGUUCAAGUCUUGAUACAGAAGCACUGUUAGCUGGGAUAUCUGCCCCAAACAAAAGUGACAUUACUGGAGCCAGCCCUAUUGAACCAGAGGCAUCCCCAGCUCGGCCAGGACUGACCCAUCGCCCUCAGAGUCCUGACACAGACAUGGUGCUGGAAGGAGACCGGUCCUGGGAGAAACCUGUGGCACCCAGUCUGAAGCCACCAGUGUUUCCUGCAGACGAAGACAUACAGACAGACACACUGACCGGAACUCCACAGCCAGGCAGUCUGGAAGCCCUUAAGAACAUGUUGUUUAAACUCCAGACAGAGGCUGCGGCACACGCUGCGGGAAAUCCGACAACCAUCGAAAAUCUACAGGUUGGUGCUGUUCCUAGCAAUGGUAAGGUGGAGGAUGAGAUCCCCGCCCUGAAAGGCUACAACUGGCAGGAACAGCCCGGGGGUCAGUCCCUUGAAAAAGCCCUUCAUCAUCUAGGAAACUUGAAGACCAUUGUGAAGAGUGAAAAGGAGGCCCGCAGCAGGUCUCCCUCACCCCAGAGGAUGAGGAGUCGGUCCUACUCCCCCUCCCGCUCACGACCCACACAAAGCUAGUCCUACCCUCCAUGCCAGCCUGACAGUUAUAUGAUAAACACAGUGAAAUUAUUCCAUCCAUAACUCAGAAAUCCAGCUCAAUUUUUAGUAACUGUAUCUGAGAAAUCCAUGUUUUAGUGUAUCUGAAUCGUGUUGAUAAAUUCAGACAUUGUUGAUACGUCUACACUUGCAUUGUCCCUGUUUUAGUGUUCACUAAUAUUAAGUUACAUUGAUGUCCAUGUUGUAAUUUAUUCUCACUGUAAGUUCUCUUAUGUAAAUCAAUCAUAUAAGAUUAUUUUUCAACAACUUGAAUCUUUUCAUAAUGCAUGUACUUGUAGCUGUUGAAUUUUCAGUUUUAUAGAGUACCUGUAAUUUCUAAUUCCAGAUGUAGUAAUUUUGAAGAAAAAAAUCCUUUCAACGAACUCACAUCCCAGAGAUAUUGGAAUACUGUACAUGUUUUUUGAUAGCAUAGUAUUUAUUGGUGAUAGCAGUAACAGAAUAGCAGCUUUGUAUAUGAAUCAUAUUACAAUAUACUGCUAGUGAUAGAAUUCCGUUCAGUAUCAUUAUAUUAGAUUACAUGUAAUAGUUUAACCUGUCUAAUGGGAUUCCAAAAGAGCUGGUUCUAAAACACCAUACCUGAAUAUUCUUUUUUUACAUUUACCAAAAAAAAAAAUCCCAAUUCAGAAGUAGUUCAGAUAUGAAGACUUAAUCAUAACUAGAAAUCAGCUAACAUAGUUGGUAGCUGGGACUCUCUGGGGCACCUGCUGGACGUGAUACUGACACUGUGAUGACUGGGGCUCCUGCUGGAUGUGAUAUUGACACUGUGAUGAUGAUAUUCUGACUUGUUUCAUUGUUUUUAAGACACAAAUAUUUUGUUUACAUUAUUAUAUUUAAAAAAUUUUGUUAUUAAUUCUUUUGUCAAUAAAACUAAAUACAUGUACAUUGUACAUGUGCAUGUACAUUCUUA